AUGAAGAGCUAUCUUACAAUCGCCGGAGCUAUCAUGCUCGGAACUUGUGUUCAAGCCAAAACUGAAAAAGAUGUAGAAUUCCUUUUCAACAAAAUUGUGGAGCUAGAAGAGCAAGCCCACGAAUUGAAACAAUAACUUGCCUCACUCCAACCCCAAAGUAGAACCAGAUCUGCCGAAAGACAACCAAAGGUUGAAGACUUUGCCAAAAACUUCAGCGUUAAGAAUUUGGGAGACCAUAACUCAUGGACAAUCAGCAACAGAGGAUUGAAUGUUCAAGACUUCGCCAAGAACUUCAAUGCUUAAAACAUGGGAGACGGUAAUAUCUGGAAAAUCGUUAACAAGGGACUCAAUGUCUAAGAUUUCGCUUAAAACGUGAAUAUCAAGAAUAUGGGAGAUUCCAACACAUGGACUAUUUAAAACGAUGAAGACCUUGCAGUUGAACAAUCCAUCUCCAUUGGAGGUAUCAAUGCUAACGGUAACGAUGGCCACUGGAAUAUUGGCAAUGCAAGCAAUCUCAAUUGGAAGUAUUACUUCUAAUGGAAAUGA